GAGCCGUUCCUCGAAUUCGCUUUGAACACAACAUCUGCAACCAACUUGCAACGUUAAUUUCGUGGGGUUGUAUCAGCUGCGUUGCACCCUCCCGAGCUUACUGUUUCAGGAUGUCCACUUCUCCUGCUGCUGUUCCGACUACCCCAAGCCUUCACACGGGAGAGUCUUAUCAGGAAAAAGCAUGGAGAAAAUUCAGGGAGCAACCAUUAGUCCCUAUUGGUACCCUUGUGACAUGUGGUGCACUGAUCAUGGCUACCGUCAAAAUGAGACGAGGCGACUCCCAAUCUCUGAAUAAUUGGUUACGUGUUCGUGUCAUUGCUCAAGGUGCAACUAUUGCCGCUGUCUGUGCAGGAACCUACGUAAUGGGUUCAACUCCUGGCGAAAAUAGACAACUCGACGAGAUACAAACGCAUAGGGAAGCUCGUGCUGGCAGGGAUCGGAAGGAAUUUGAGGACCGGCUGAAAGCUGCGGAGAGGCAGUGGAAAGAGACCGAAGGUGUUGUGUCAGGGAGGGACUUGAAUACGAAUAUUGCCAAAGGCGACUCCUCCUCGAAGGCGCUGCCGUCCGUUCAAGACCAAAUACCUCAGAGUGCUCCGUCACGGUCUGGCGCAAGUUGGUGGUGGUUUAAAUGGCCAUGGGGUGGAUCCUCGGCUUCCUGAACUUUGCGAAUCAACCAACAACCAUUGUGUAACAACGAUUUGGCUACAUAUUUCUCUUCUACAAAUGCAUAAUAAUACAGUCGUUGGCAAAUCCUCAUUAAAGCAAGAAAAUAUCAUGC